AUGGAUUCAAACGGGUUGACCUCGGUCGCGACCGCCGGCGACUCCCGUGCCGACAUCACAUCGCCGUACCACGAUGAGUCGAGUCGCCAUUCAUCCUCCACAUUCGACGCGGCCGGAAACGCCGUCACCUCCCCCAGGCCCUACUCCCCCGGCAUGAGAUCGCAAUCUGCACGGCAGUCUACCGCAAACGAUGGUUUCGAGAUGCAGAGUCCGACGGGCGAGAUCCCCAUGCAAUCUUUCCGCGACGGAAUGCCACCGCCUCCACCUGUCGGCGCUUCGUGGGACAAGAUCGACAACUGGGCCGAAGAGAACUACCCCGAGUUGUUCGACCAGCUUUGCGAAGGAUGCACGUCCAACGAUAUCAACGACCUAGAACACCAGCUCGAUUGCUCACUUCCCCAGGAUGUUCGGGAAUCACUCCAGUUACAUGAUGGCCAAGAGCGCGGCGGGACCCCCACGGGUAUCUUCUUUAGCGCCAUGCUUAUGGACUGCGAGGAGAUCGUGCAGGAAUGGGAGAACUGGCGCAAGGUGAACCAGGAAUUCCUGCUGGAGUCUACUUUCCCCCGGCCGGCGGUCCCGUCCAAGGCUCUCGGUGGUAGCAGCAGCCAGGCAUCUACAUCAGCGGCGGCUUCGUCAAGCUCAGCCCCAACAUCGCCGCGAAACGGGAACUGGCGGCAAGACCUGAUGGCCCGUCAAGACUGCGUUCCCCCGAAUGCGAUCCAGAAGGCGUAUGCUCACCCCGCCUGGAUUCCCCUUGUGCGCGACUGGGGCGGAAACAACCUGGCCAUCGAUCUUGCGCCCGGCCCCAAGGGUCAUUGGGGCCAGGUCAUCCUUUUCGGUCGGGACUAUGACACGAAGUACGUGGUCGCGCGGUCGUGGGCGCAUCUCCUCGGCACUGUUGCGGACGAUCUGAGCAGCGGGAGGUGGUACGUUGACGAAGACUCAAACGACCUUAAGCUGCGCGAGUUCAAGCAAAGCCGCGUUGAGCCAGGCUACUUUGAUAUCCUGCGGUGGCGGGCGGACCAAAGACACGGCCGCACAGCUGCCAAGCGCAAGUCCAUGGCGCCCGGGGCGAGCUCGCUUAGUGCGCCGAACUCGCCGUACGCCAGCCCGACAACCGAGCCCAACGGUGAGCAUCGCGGCCGGUCGAUGCAGCGUCCCAACGUUAUCUCGCCUAUCCCGAGUCCUAUCCGGCCCGGCUAUGGCAAGCCGAGUCCCUUGGCGCGGGUGGCGGAGGAGUCGGGGGCUUCAAGCCCAGCCGCCGGCAAGUCGGGUGAGAAGCUGGUCGAGGUCGACACCCCACGACAAAGCAACGAAGAAAACAAGGAGUCCGCCCCGAGGCUAGCCGCCUUGACCAACGGCGAUGCCCCUGCCGACGAUAAGGCGGAGAAGCCAGGAGCAGCCCAACCAAACAGCUCAGCGGCACCCGACCGGAAGCCCACCGUAGAAGAGGAGAUUGAGGGCGCAAUGAAGACGAUUGAGAUUUGA